AUGGACGCCGAUGACUUUGUCCUGUCGCUAUCGGCGAUAGCCUCCCUGGACGAUCCUCAGGCUACUGCGGCCAAGCUACCCGGCCACCAUAAGACCCGCAAACGGCCGUCAGCCGCUACCGAAGUGGGGCUGAGAAAGACCCGUCCUAACGCCAUCACCAACGGCGCUACCGGCGAAUUAAACGAUAAUGUCAAUCUGAGACAGGUCGAGUACCAUAUGCGCACCAUCCAGAAGCUGUUGGAGUUCCUUUUGGCUCAAACUAGCCUCCCCGAUGCCGGAGAUGACCUCGUCAAGCUAGGGCAUCGCUUUGUCCACGCUGCUAAAACCAAUGAUACUGUGGCUAAAUUGGUUGAUAAUCUAGUCAAGAGUAACACCAAUAAGGAGGAUUGGCAGGAUAUCAUCGGUGAUGAUGAGAUCAUGACUAAUGCUCUAAAUGAUACCAAAGAAGUUUCUAGCCGAUCUGGUGAGGUGGCUAAGCCGAGAGUGGUUAAAGGGGCACCUCUGUUACCUCCUAUCCCUGAUACAAAACUCUAUCAGCAGGUGUUCACCCAUAAAUCGAGUGUUCUGGAUAAGUUCUACCUUUCAGCUGUCGAGCUCUUAAAACUCCAUAACGAGCGGCUAGAAUUUUUGGGUGAUUCCAUCAUCAAUAACAUCGUGACGGUGAUGCUUUACGAGCGGUUUCCUGAUCUUUCUGAAGGUCAAUUGUCGCAACGGCGCUCGGAACUCAUUUGUAACAAAACCCUUACCGAGUUCCUGAAGCUCUACGGGUUUCCUGACCUACUCAAACUGAACCUUGACCGUGCUGUGAUUGAGUCAGGUGCUCAAAAGGCCUAUGCCGAUAUCUUUGAGGCCUAUGUCGGUGCGUUAACGGUGACCCACUACCCGAACAUGGACCCGGUGAGACAAUGGGUCCAUCAGUUAUAUGAACCGAAAUUACAAGAAAUGGAGCGGGGGCUCGAACACGCCGAGAUCAAUAAGGACGCCAAGCUGGUGCUCUAUUCGUUAGUGGGGCUGGCACUGGCCCACCCCGAGUAUAAAGUGAUUGCUAAGGGUAACGGCACUUCGGAGCCGUUUGUCGUUGAGUGUCGUCUUGGCGGUGAAGUUGUUGGUGUUGGUGAAGCCAAUAACCAGAAGAACGCUGGUCUCCGAGCGGCGAUGGAGGCGUUGAAGCGCACUGACGUCAUUGAGAAGUACUACAAGUUGCGCCUCGAACAGGAACCGCUGGUGACGCAAAUCCUGACCAAGAAACAGGUGACGGCGUCAGGAAACUUUGACGCCGUCGACUGGAGUCUAUUCCCCGUUCCCAACGGCGACGACUCCCUCAAACUCCGUAACCAGACCAAGAACGAGCUCUACGGGCUCUGUGGCCGCCAGUUCAACGAGACCCCGAUCUACCGCAUGACCGAGCACCUGAAGCUGGACUACGAGGCCCACUUGUACGUCGGCGACCACAUGUUGCUGAAGGGGCGGGCGGACCUGCGGAAGAAGGCGAUGACGCGGGCGGCGAUGGCGCUCACGGCCAACCGUCCGGCGAUGGUGGCCCUUUUCGGUGAGGACUACGAGAGCAAGUGA